UGGCCGCCGCCAGCCGGAGGAGUCGCCUCCCGUCCAGAGUCACGUCCAGGAGGAAAAGAAUGCCUUUUAAAUCUCCCUUCACGCUGGUUCUCGUCGUCCUGACAGCGAGCCGAUGUUUCGCCGACGACGACCACGAGAUGGAGGAGUUCCUGAAGCGGGAGUUCUCCCUGACGAAGCCCUACCAAGGUGUGGGCUCCUUUGGCUCCUCCCACUGGGAGCUGAUGGGCGAUGCCAUGGUAACCACGGAGCAGGUGCGCCUCACGGCUGACAUGCAGAGCCGGCAGGGGGCGGUGUGGAGCCGCAUCCCGUGCCAUCUGAAGGACUGGGAGAUGCAAGUGCACUUCAAAGUUCACGGACAGGGAAAGAAGAACCUGAACGGCGACGGCCUGGCCAUCUGGUACACCAAGGAGCGCAUGCAGAAAGGCCCGGUGUUUGGAAACAUGGACAACUUCACCGGUCUGGGAGUGUUCGUGGACACGUACCCCAACGAGGAGAAACACUUAGAGGCGCAGAAGAAGAGGUACACCAGCCGCACACAGAGGAUCUUCCCCUUCAUCCUGGCCAUGGUGGGGAACGGCAGCAUCAGCUACGACCACGAGCGGGACGGCCGGCCCACCGAGCUGGGCGGCUGCAACGCCAUGGUGCGCAACCUGAAGCACGACACCUUCCUCUUCAUCCGCUACAUCCGCCGCAGGCUCACGGUGAUGAUCGAUAUCGACGGGCAGCACGAGUGGAGGGACUGCCUGGACAUACCCGGGGUGCGGCUGCCGCGGGGCUACUACUUCGGCGCCACGGCGAUCACCGGAGACCUGUCAGACAACCACGACAUCGUCUCCCUGAAGCUCUACCAGCUGACGGUGCUGCGCAGCAAGAAGGAGGAGGAAGAGGAGGAGGAGGAGGAGAUCACCAUACCCAGUGUGGAUAACAUGGAGCUGCUGCGGAGUGGCGACGGCGAGGAGGGGAUGAGCAGCAUCGCCCUCUUCUUCACCGUGCUCUUCUCCAUGCUGGGCUGCAUCUUCCUCCUCAUCAUCGGCCUGGUGGUGUACAGCCACUGGAGCGAGAGCCGCCGAAAGCGCUUCUACUGAGCGGCGCCGGGACGGCACCGGACGCCGCCG